AAUUACGGUCGGUAAACGUUCAUCGUCAGUCUGACGAUGAUUUUGUAGUCAACAUGGAAAGUUUCUCGCGGUGGGAUGGGCUACUCAACCGAGUUGCUUAUAUGUAUCAUUUCGUGCACCGCUUCAAGCGCUUCAAACGGGAACCGGUGGAAUCUAGUGAAUCCUGUGGUGAUCUGAAUCGUGAUGAUUAUGUGUCGGCGGAAGCAGCCAUUUGGCGGGCUGUGCAGCGACAGGUGUUUGCGGAAGAAAUUCAAGCGCUUAGAAGCAGUUCUGAGCUUUCAUCGAAGCAGUGGAAGCGUAUCGGCAAGGGAAGUGUCCUAGCGAAGCUAUCACCGGUGAUCGAUGAGUCCGGUGUUCUCCGGAUGGCGAGCAGAAUCGACCCUCAAGCGGCUUAUUAUUCGUUCGACUUUCGAAAUCCUGUGAUAAUACCAAGAGAUCAUCAUGUCACCACUCUUUUGAUCCUGCGAUUUCACCAAAAGUACGGCCAUGCCAAUACCGAGACUGUACUGAACGAGCUCAAGCAACGUUACUACAUCCCCCGGAUGAGAGCCAGUGUGAAGAAGGCGAUUAAAAGCUGCAUGUGGUGUCGUGUUUAUCUGGCUAGACCACAGGCUCCAAAAAUGGCCCCACUCCCCCAGCCCAGGGUUAAACCCUAUGUACGACCGUUCACCUUCACAGGGCUGGACUACUUCGGACCACUGCUGGUCAAACGAGGACGUAGCGACGAAAAAAGGUGGGUCGCGCUUUUCACCUGCCUCUCGGUGAGGGCGUUGCACCUAGAAGUGGUGCAUUCUUUAUCGGCAGAAUCCUGCAGGAUGGCAAUUCGGCGGUUUGUCGCUAAGCAUGGUCCUCCUCAAGAGAUAUUCAGCGACAAUGGGACGAACUUCCGCGGGGCAGCCCGAGAGUUGGAAGAAGAAACUAAUGCAAUCAAUAAGGAGUUAGCGAGCUACUUUACCAACAGCCAUACACAAUGGCACUUCAACCCCCCUUCUGCCCCCCAUAUGGGCGGGGUUUGGGAGAGGAAAGUCCGGUCCGUGAAGGAGGCGUUCAAGACUCUCUCGCACCAUCAAAGGCUAGACGAUGAAGGACUGCGAACAUUGCUCUCGGGAGCAGAAUUGAUAGUCAACUCCCAUCCGCUGACGUUCGUGCCGCUGGAGGAUCCCAACGAAGAAGUGCUGACUCCAAAUCAUUUCCUUUGGCUAAGUUCCGGCGAGGACAGCAAACCACCAAGGGUACCAAUCGACGAUGUUACACCUCUUCGACCAAACUGGAAGGUUAUUCAACACUUAACAAACCAGUUUUGGAAGCGCUGGGUGCAAGCUUACCUACCUACUAUAGCCUGCAGGACGAAAUGGUUCGCGGAAACGCGGCCGCUGAAGGUCGGCGAUCUAGUGGUCAUCGUAGACGAGUCCGUGCGCAACGGAUGGCUCCGAGGUAAGGUGGUGAGGACUUAUCCAGGACGAGACGGACAAGUUCACAAGGUCGACGUGGAGACUUGCGACGGAUCUACUCUUCAAAGACCAGCGGUAAAGGUUGCUCUGUUGGACGUGCAGGAGGAGAGUAAAGUCGAUUGACUACGACGUUACGGGUUGGGGUGUUAGUAGAACUGGCAACCUUGGUACGGGAUCGGACAAACGUCAACGCGUUGGCGCCGAAAAAGAAUUGUCAUUGUUAGAAAAUUGAUCGAAACUGCGACACGUUUUUUCUUGACCUGGCAGUUAGUUAGUUUGUAGUGAAUUGUUUUUAGCGAAAACAUAGGUGGAAGCUAUUUGGCCAGUUGCGCGUGAUUUUUGUGCUCGCGGUUUAGUGAGUCGGAAGAGGUUAGGUGAUAGAAAUUCCUUACUGCGCAAUUUGCCACUAAAAUAUUGUAUUUCCUUUGAUAGUUUGAGUGACCGUUCGGUUGUUCCGGUUAGGUGUACCGGGUUGAGCUCAAUUAGAGCGGUAGGAAAGAAAAAGCGUAAGUACGCAAGUGUACUUUUUAUUUACCCGAAGAUAAAUAUGAUUUUCG